AAGUAUGGGACAAACACUCAGUGAGCCAGUUACUAAAAAAGAGUCGGCGUCAUGCGCCAAUGAGAAUUAUUUGGUCGGUAGCAGUUGUAUGCAGGGAUGGAGAGUUGACAUGGAAGAUGCCCAUACACAUCUCCUUUCUCUUCCUGAUGAUCCAAAAUGUGCAUUCUUUGCUGUCUACGAUGGACACGGUGGAUCGAAAGUUUCACAAUAUUCCGGAAUUAAUCUUCACAAAAAAGUCGUCGCACAGAAGGAAUUUUCCGAGGGAAAUAUGAAAGAAGCAAUCGAAAAAGGAUUCCUAGAAUUGGAUCAACAGAUGAGAGUUGAUGAAGAGACAAAGGAUGAUGUUAGUGGAACGACAGCAGUUGUUGUAUUGAUAAAGGAGGGAGAUGUUUAUUGUGGAAACGCCGGUGACUCUCGUGCAGUAUCCUCAGUUGUUGGAGAAGCUCGUCCACUUUCAUUCGAUCACAAGCCAUCUCAUGAAACCGAAGCUCGACGUAUCAUUGCCGCCGGUGGAUGGGUUGAGUUCAAUCGUGUCAAUGGUAAUUUGGCACUUUCCCGUGCUCUCGGAGAUUUUGCAUUCAAAAAUUGUGACACAAAGCCUGCUGAGGAGCAAAUUGUCACUGCAUUCCCGGAUGUGAUCACUGACAAGCUGACACCGGAUCACGAGUUUAUUGUUCUUGCAUGUGAUGGUAUUUGGGAUGUAAUGACAAAUCAGGAAGUCGUAGAUUUUGUUCGUGAGAAGCUUGCUGAGAAGAGGGAUCCACAAUCGAUUUGCGAAGAGCUUCUCACUCGGUGCUUGGCUCCAGAUUGUCAGAUGGGUGGUCUCGGAUGCGAUAAUAUGACUGUUGUUCUCGUGGGACUUCUUCAUGGACAAUCCCCAGAUACACUUUUCACGAAAUGUGCCCGCCCAGCGGUAUUUACGGGUGUUAAUAACGAGGAUGGAGAUCAAAAUCAAAUUCAGCAAGAUAUUUCGCGUGUGAUAAACAACUUUGAUGGAGAACAACGGGUAAACGCUGCGAAUCAAGAAGAAGAGGAGGAUGACAAUGAACCAGCGCCAGCCAACUUCCAAGUUUAGAAAAUUCGCAAAAUUUCGGAGUAAUAUUUGGUGUGUAAAUAUCGAAUAUUAAAUAACACGAUUUCCCCCUGUGAUAGUGCUGAAUUUACUUUUUUAUCUUGCAUUGCUUUUGGUUUUUUAUAUUGCUCAAUUAUCAUGUUUCACAAAAAAUUUUCUUCACAAAACAAAAACCACCCAAAAUUUAAUAUUCCUUAUAGAGCACGUUAACAAUAUAAUUUUUCUUGCUUUUUAUAGCAUUUUACUUUCUUUGUUCUUCCCCCAUUCUUCAUUCACAGAUUUUCCGGUUGAAAUACCUUUCGAAUAAUUUCAAAAAAAUUUAAAUGCCAAAAUCUCUCUAGAAUUGUAAUGAAUUGAUUGCAGUGAGUUAUCUGGAAAAAAUUCAGGAAUUUCACUACAUGAAAAGUUGUCCUCUAUUGUUCAUCCCGCCAACUUUUGCAUAUCCCUUUUUCAAAUUUUAUUUUUUGUCUUAUUCCUACUCUCCCAUUUUUAAUAUGAUUUUUUAUCAGCCGUCCACUUUCCAUGACGCGUCUUUGUUUCCCAAGCAUUGAAAGUGUGAGAUGACUCGUUUUAUACUGAAAUACUCGAAAUAUUAGUGCUUCAAUGUGUAUUAGACAAUUGUAUUUUCUUCUUUUUGUCUCUUUUCACAUUUUUUUGUUCUUCCCAUUGAUUUUAUGAUUAUGAUUAAAAAAAUUUAUGAUUGAA